GUUGGGGGGUGGGGAAAGCAAGAGCUGGCAACUAGCGCGGGUGCCGGGAGGGUCCGAGACGAGGAACAGACGAAGCCUCAGUCUCCCUCUGGACAGUGUGGUGUGAGGACUUGUUAGCGUGCGCUCUGAGACCAAAUUGUGUGAUUGUGGAAUAAUUAUGAGUCAGUCGUUGUGUGGAGUUUAAUAAGGAAACACUGAUCCUGUUGUGGAUACCGCCGCCGCCGCCAUGUUGAAGCGCCCUUCAACCUUCGCUACCCUCGCCCUCCUCGCCCCCCUCGUCCAGGUCCUACUCGGCCAGCACCUGGAGAACGACCUCCAGUCGCUCCUCCACGACCUGGAUGUCAACCAGGGCGCCACGCCGCUCGGCGACCCCACCGACGACGACUUCGAAGUGGAGGUGUUCUACCGGCCGGAGCCUGAAGAACGGGCGGGGUCGUCGUCGGUGCUGUCGACGACUAGGGGCGUGAGGAGGUUGUGGGGCGUGGCGGACACCGAGGCGUCAGUGGGACGACUCUUCUCUUACCCGAUCCCAGCUGAUGCCUUCGAGGGAGACGUCGUUCAGUAUCAGGUCAAAGGGUUACCAUCCUGGAUGCAUUGGGACAGCCACCGUGGAGUGGUGGAAGGUGUCCCUCGGCCAGCAGACCGCGGUCAUCACUAUGUCACCAUCAGGGCUGAAGGAAAAGAUGGCUCUCAGGCAAAGGACGUCUUUGCUGUUGAUGUUGUAGACCUGCCAGGUACCACGUUAUCUCGUGAAGUUGGCUGCCACCCAAAGGAGGAUGUGACAGUUCUCUCUGUGAUUCUUGAUGCCCAUCUCCCAGCACUGGAAUCCAAGGCACGGGUCAGACUCCUUCGAUCUGCCAUCAAGUUCUUGAGAGCAAAGGAGGUAUCCCUUGUGUCGGCUCCACACGACUCGGAUCCUCUAGCAGAUGACUCGGCCAUUCUAGCUGGGCCAGGAAGUGCUAGGCCGGGCAGCACUGGACGCCGCUCAGAAAGUCUCUCUCAACUGCAGUGGGCUGUGGGAUGUGGUGGGGAAGUUUCUAAGACCAAGCAGAUAGAAGUCGAUCAUACUGAAGCAACAUCCAAGAGUGGAGAGCUUCAAAGAGCGCUGUCUGUCCCGGUUUUAGGCUGGCAUGUGACCCAGGUGAACCCUUCUUCUCGGAGGGUUAGAAGGCAAGCAGAAUCCUCAGGUGACUAUUAUGACAAUGAGGAGAACUACGAUGAUUACGACUAUGAAUAUGCAGAAGGUGAUGAGGAAGAGGGAGAAAAAGUUUUGUUUGAUUAUGACGAGCCUGAAACACGAGUAAUCCCUUCCCUGGCCACCCCCAUCUUCCCCGAAGCAUCUGCAACAUACCCGGGGCAUGGUGGUUAUUCAGAUGGUUCUUUGCACUUUUCACCUGUUCCUAUCUCAACACCCGUCUAUGUUCCUGUCAAGCCAACAAGAGUUGUUGAGGCAAGCCCGACUGUUACAUACGAGACUGUGUAUCCAACUGAUGCACAUUUCAUCCCUAAACUUGAGGGAUCUAUUGUUUCAGAGCCGUCAACAUCAGUUGAAUCUACAGCACCUCUAACAACAACAAAAGUAAAGACCAUUGCUCCGACCAGACCUAUCGAAGCCACAAGUGUCCCUACAGUUGCAGUUACAACAGAGAUUGGAGUUAAGAACUUUGCUCCACGCAUCAAGAAACGUAUACAAAAACUUGCCUGGAUUGCUGGCCAUGUUUAUCGCUUACCAAUACCCAGAGAUACCUUUGAGGACGUUGAGGAUGGUGAUACAAGCAAUUUGAGGCUGUUGUUUAAGACUUCACACGGGUUGACAGUUGGGCAUAAUUCUUGGAUCCAGUUUAAUGAGGCCAAACAGGAGAUUUAUGCCCUACCCCUUGAGAAAAAUAUUGGACGUUACACCUAUCUCUUGGAAGCCUUAGACUCUGAGGGGAAAACUAUAACUGAUUCAGUCAUGAUUCAUGUGCAGCAGGCUCGAGAAGCUCGUAAUUACAAUCACCGAUUCACAGCCACUUUCAAAAUGGAAAAGAAAUACGAGUUUGAGUUCGAGUACACACUUGACUGGCAGGUGAAGGCUGUUGAGAAGAUUGCACAAACCUACAACGACCCAACAACGGACAAUAUCAAUGUGCGGUCCAUUUCUCAAAAUCCCAUUAGGCUUACAUGGACCAACACGUCAUUGGCUGACCCGAGGUCUACUGGCUGCCCAACUGAUGAACUGGAGUUAUUGGCCGAGGUUGUUGUAAGUGGAGAAGACCAUGAAAUGACAAAGGAGAUUAGGGAAGCAUUCCAGCCUGAAUUCCACCUCAAGCGUGUCCACCUUCACUACCUGGGACCUUGUGAACGCCAUGGAGGGGCCAGUAUAGGGGUUCCCAAGCCUCCUGUUCAGCCAGAAGAGACAGAAGAGACUGUAGGAAAGGGUACGAAGUAUGUCAACGAGCCACCAAUCAUACGCAACCAAAUAGACUUCCUUAAUGCCACCCAGGGAUCCCUGUUCCGCUUCCAGGUUCCAAUUGAUACAUGCUAUGAUCUUGAAGAUGGAGACUCGCGUCGUUUGACAAUGCGCUUACUGACAUCGAAUCUGUCUCCACCUCCCCUUGACUCCUGGCUUCAGUUUGACGCUGCCAACCAAGAAUUUUUUGGUAUUCCUUUAGCUGGUGACACUGGCAAAACAGAGUACAUUCUGGAGUGUGUAGACGAUGGUGGAGAGAAAGUCAAUGAUGCUCUGUUUGUCAAUGUUUUACCAAGACUAUCCAGGAAGCUGCCCCCAGUUGAAUUUUCCAUGAAGAUCGACACAAACUAUCAGCAGUUUAUGAGUGAUGCUCAUCAGAAAGCUCGCUUGAUUAAGCGAAUAAGAGAAGUGUUUGGUGAUAGUGAUGCAGGGCAUAUCAUUGUUGACAGCUUCCGUAAAGGCUCUGUGAUUCUGACGUGGCACAAUGGAUCACUGCCAACAGAUCCAUGCCCUAAUGAAGAUAUUAAAAAUCUAAGGAAAAUAAUGGUUGAUGAUAAUGGCCAAUUAUUACAGGAGUUUAUUGAUGCCUUCUCUCCAGAGUUCAAGGUGACAGGAGGGUCUGUAAAGCCUACAGGUAUCUGCCUGGGUGAAGAUACUCCGACUCACAUUGAAGAAGAUAUUCACCACCCUCCAGUUGAAGAGGGUAUUCAAGGAGAGGAAAAUGACUAUCUUCUUAACUUCAUCAUCCCAGCUGUUAUCAUUGCUGCUAUGUUACUUCUUGCCGCUAUUAUUGCGUGUUGCCUGUAUCGUCGACGGCGCUAUGGGAAAAUGACAAUGGCAGAUGAUCGUACUUUUGUCAGCAAAGGUAUACCAAUCAUUUUUGCAGAAGAGCUGGAUGACCGACCUGAUCCAGCCAAGAGUCCAGUUAUAAUGAAGGAUGAGAAACCACCACUGCCUCCUCCAGAAUACCAGCGAGGGACAUCUCCAGCUGCCUCUUCAACCCCUCCCACCUCUGAUCGUCGCCGUCCACAGUCUGGUGAUGUAGGAGACGACACACCUUCCUACCAGCCUCCCCCACCUUUCACUGCCACAAAUGGGGCCUCACGCCACCCCCGCCCCAACAUGCCGCCCACGUACAGGAAGCCACCAACAUAUGUGCCUCCCUAAAACUAGUCUUAGUUAUGUCAAAUUAUCCCUGGUGGGUGUGAGAAGUACGUAAAGUAAAUGAAUUGGUUUUAAUAAUGGUGCCUAUAUAGUGGCUCACUGGUUCAGUUAGUGAGAUGUGUUUCUUCAGAGGAACAGGUGAGGGGAGAUGUAGGGAAACAUCUUAGUACUGAGUAUCUAGUAAAUAUAAUAAAUGUUUUCAAAUUUUAUUAAGCCUCUGAAGGGAAAACGUAUUAAAGUAACAUGAUUUAUAGAUACAGUACUAAAAUUAUAAAAUGAAAAUUAAUUAUAGAACAAAACUUCCCUAUAAUUCCUUCUCUUCGAACUGUUCCUAUAAUACUGUAUAAUAAAUUUGAAGUUGGAAUAAUUUUGAUAAAACCAGUAGUUUAAAAAUAUAUUUAAAAUUAGUACUUUUAAAUAUUAAUUUGAUGUUUGCUAUUUCAAAGUUCAACAAAACCUUUAGUCUCAAAUGUGGGAGGUUACAUUUUACUUGGACAAAUGUUUUUUUGUGUAUGGGAACUGUCUUGGACAGGAAGUUUGUGUCACAUGGUAUGAUCACCCAGAGUUGUACCGGAUAUGGUUGCAUCACAUGGUAUCAUCAUCUGGCAUUGUCACAUGGUAUUGCCUGGAGCUGUAUGUCAGAAGGAAUCCUGGCCUUGUGUAUCACAUAGUAUCUGUUUCUGAUAUUGUGUUGUACUGGUACUUGUUUGAGAUAUUAAUACAGUGCGUGAUGUGUCAGAUUGUUGUGCACCAGAUCAUUCUUACAUAUGUCAGAUGAGCUUUACUUUUGUGUCGAGUAAUUCUUAUUAGCGAGGUUGUAUCAUAUGGCUGUUGCACAUGUCAGAUGAUUCUUACCUGUGGUGUUGCAUGUCAAGAGUAUUUUUACCUAUUAUGUUGUCAUUAUACAUACAUUUGGAGUUUUAUAUCAAAUGGUAUUUAGAUGUGGUGUCCUGCAUCAGAAUAUAUGUACUCCAGGUGUUUUCUCUCAAAGCCAAAUAUUUUUAAUGGAACUACUACCAUCAUCAGAUUUAAAACAAACCUCAUUAUUUUGACUGCUAUAUGUCCCUUUUAUUUGUAUUUAAUUUUUAUUUUGUACGAAUUUGAGGUGGUGAGUCAAAUGUUAAUUUUCUUGAUCUCUCAAGGCAAUGGCCAUAUUGAUUGCCUGUCUUGCUUAUAAAUAGUAUUUAUGUAUGACUGCCAGGCGCCAAUACCUUGAUUACCCAGGGCCAAAUUAAACAUAUAUCAUAUAUUUUUGUAAAAUCAGUGCUGUGUAUAGCACCGAUACUACAAAAUAAAACAUGCGUGAAAAUACAGAAGUUUAACAGUUAAUCACUGAUGCAUCAUUGGACUAUGGCUAAUUGGCUUGUUGACAACCUCAGCGUGUAUCUGUUCAGCUCUUCAGAUACUGUAACCAAAACUAAUGUUUGUAACUUUUGUAAUACCGUUUUCACUAAUGAAUAACUGUAUGAUGUUGCUUCAUAUUAGGUACGCUGUAUACUUAGGUUAUGUGUUAACACAUGUACAUAACUACACACAAUUUUUGUUGGACGAGUGAACUGGUGGGAGAAAAUUGUGACGAUCUUCUAUCUUUUCUAUCACCAGCCACACCUACUUUUGUGAGAGCUUACCCAUAACUUCCGAGACAUUGAUUUUUCUUUGCGAGAAACUAGAAUCGUGUUGAAACAUUCAUAGCUUUACUUGGUUAUAGGAAAUGUAUGAUCUUUUUUUUUUGUUCAUAUCAGCCAGCCAUAGCACUACUAGCUUCUUCGUGAGAUCUCGUCUCUCGCCAAAUGUCCUAUUGUUUACCAGUGCCCAUCUAACUGCCAGAAAUAGGCUUGUAGGUAUGAAUGACUUGUUGAACUUGUCAGUGCAUUAGUUGAAUGCAAUAUGAUACUGGUUACAUGUACUGCUUUAAUGAUAUACUAGACUGAUGAUAAGUGAAUGGUUAACAUUUUCCUAAUGCUGAAUAUGAUGAAAACCUCCUUGUACAUUUUUAGGUAAUUUACAACAUAGUGAGUUUUAUAUUUCUUACUGUGUUUAAUUAGAAGUUCUUGACUGCUUUAUAUCCAAGAUGUGUAUGUUUAUAGGCAAGGUCAUUUGAGACCUUUUCUAGUAAUAUUAGGAAGAUACUAUGAGAUCCUGUGUGAAAUGUGGCUAGUUUCUUUUGAGAGGUCAAAUGAUAAAUCUUUAGUUGAUGCAAAUUUCCUAUUUUUUUUUUUUUUUAUGGACAAUUAUGAUGUUCAUAAAAAGAUUUGACUAACCCAGGUCACCUAGUUGAAAUAAAAGCAAGUGAUAUUCAUCCUUAUACUAGAUACCUCAUUCUAGAGGAAGAUGCAUUUGGUGGUAUCUCAGGGUUUCUGGCAUAAGGCCAAUAUUGAUCUUUUAUUUCUGGUUCUGGUGCAGCUCACUGUCCACCUUGAGGUGGGAGCAGCUCCGAAUAGCUCUCGGUGAACUCCUUUAAUUGCACCUCUAUUUAUACAUUUUUACUAACAAAUAUAAUUAUAUUAAUUAUAAAUUCUGUGUAAAGAGAGAAAAAGCUAAAAUGUAGGAAUUAAUUUGCAUAUUUUACAUCCCUUGUAAAGGUUACAUUUAAUGCUUUUUUAUGAUGUUAGUAUUCCACGUAGUUUUCUAUGCUUAUUCGUGUGUUUGUGUACGUUGUCAGUGACCCUGUGUUUGCACUUUAUACAAAACAGUUAAAUUCCUGCCAAAUGGAAGCAAAAUUUUUUGUCCAGUUUUAUUAUUUACGUAUAAACUUGGAACAAAAACUAUUUUACUAUUUAUACCAUAUAUGUAUGUUAGGUUUGAUAUUAAAGUUUUCUUUUGGGUUUUAUGUUGGUUAUGCAUUAAACAUUCUUUUAGUUAGAACAGAUGAAUGGUAAAUGUUAGGAUGGGUGAUAUACCCAGCCAGACAGGUGAGAACCAUGGGUGCUGGCCUCGCGGCACAUCACUUUAACGAAUGGCCAAAGUACGACUGUCCUGUAUAAUUAAGUUAUUUAGAGCAGCAGAAAUAUUUAAGUCAUUAUGCAGGUUUAUGUUUUUCUUUGCCUUGUAAUUUGUAGUAAAUUAAUUUAAUGUCACCAGCAGGGUAAAACCAGUCAUAACAUGCCAGGUGACAAAUAUCAAAUCUUGCACAAACUGUUACAAUUGUGUGACUGGAAGUGAAAUAAAUGGAGAUUUUUAAA